AUGGGGGUGGUCUCUGGGGCGUCACGUGAGCGAGCGGAGAGAUUCCUGUUUUGGGCCUGACUGAGCUUUGCGGAUACAAAAGCUUAAAGAAAUGGGACACUCGAAGACUUAAAUAAACGAAAUCUUAUGCCAGAAUGAGGUCAUAGACGGGCCUGUGGAUUGCGUGUAAGUGCUAUCCUUCCAUAAGCUGCAGCCGAACCUCGGGGAAGCAGUCGCCUGCCUGGUAGCAAGAGACGGGGUGCAGCAGAGAGACCGGGGGUGCUCUUUGGGGACGCGGGGCGCCGCGGGUUCAGUGGAAGUCUGGCCGACGAGGCCAUGUCGAGCACAGCCAUGAAGAAAAAGGUGCUGUUGAUGGGAAAGAGCGGGUCUGGGAAGACCAGCAUGAGAUCGAUUAUCUUUGCCAACUACAUCGCCAGGGACACCAGGAGGCUGGGAGCAACCAUUGAUGUGGAGCACUCUCACGUCCGCUUCCUGGGUAACCUUGUGCUGAAUCUGUGGGACUGUGGAGGGCAGGACACUUUCAUGGAGAACUACUUCACGAGCCAGCGUGACAACAUCUUCCGCAACGUGGAGGUGCUGAUCUACGUGUUUGACGUGGAGAGCCGGGAGCUGGAGAAGGACAUGCAUUACUACCAGUCCUGCCUGGAGGCCAUUCUGCAGAACUCGCCCGACGCCAAGGUCUUCUGCCUGGUGCACAAGAUGGACCUGGUGCAGGAGGACCAGCGAGAUCUGAUAUUUAAGGAGCGUGAAGAGGACCUGAAGAGGCUGUCCCGCCCCCUGGAGUGCACAUGUUUCAGGACCUCUAUCUGGGAUGAAACUCUCUACAAGGCUUGGUCCAGUAUUGUGUACCAGCUGAUCCCCAACGUGCAGCAGCUGGAGACCAACCUCCGCAACUUCGCCCAGAUCAUAGAGGCUGAUGAGGUGCUGCUGUUUGAAAGAGCCACUUUCCUGGUCAUUUCGCACUACCAGUGCAAGGAGCAGCGAGACGCCCACAGGUUUGAGAAGAUCAGCAACAUCAUUAAACAGUUCAAGCUGAGCUGCAGCAAACUGGCCGCCUCCUUCCAGAGCAUGGAGGUCCGCAAUUCCAAUUUUGCGGCUUUCAUUGACGUGUUCACCUCGAACACCUACGUGAUGGUCAUCAUGUCGGACCCCUCGAUACCCUCUGCGGCCACGCUCAUCAAUAUCCGCAAUGCCAGGAAGCACUUCGAGAAGCUGGAGCGCGUGGACGGGCCCAAACACAGCCUGCACAUGCGUAUGCGCUAGGUAACAUCCCCCCCCCCCUCCUCGGCAACCAGCCAGCCAAUAAGGGAAGAGGGAGAGGACGGGAUUCCUGGACUCAAUCAGCCAAUCACUCAUGCACUCAGCUGCAAGUGAGAGGGGAGGGGUGGCGGCCAUGCUCUGAAAUUCGCUCACACGAGCUGGAGAAAUCCGAGAACCUUACCUGUAUCGCUGUCCCAUUCAAUCAUAUUGCGUUUUGUACCAUAAUACUAAAAAAACAAAACUUUUGUCAGCCUACAGAUUUGCAUAGAAGUGUGUCUUCAGCUUUUUUUUUUCCCUCUCUUCAUUAUGUUUAUUGGGAUUAUGAUGUGACCUUUUAGGUAUGUUUAUAGGAGUUUAUCUUUAAAUUGAACGUCCGAGAAUUUGAAAAAUAAAUGUCACAGUGAAAAUGAAGCGCUUUCACACCCUGUCGCUUUAUUCUCUAGGAGUGUUUAGGGGAAUUAUUUGAACUUUGUGCCACGUGUCUUGGAUUAUAUAGCAUUGUGCACUGUUCUUAGAAAAUGCCAAGUGAACGUUCAGGUUAAAUCAUGGGAGGGGUCUCUAUUGGCAGAACUUGUUUACAUUUGCAGGGGUAGUCCUGAGCGUACAGAAUGUAUAGAUAUUGGCAGGAGGACUCUGGAUAGUUUGGAAUAUGGGGUGGGUGGAGCAGGGUACUUGAGGGAAGAAUUGGCGUGUUGCUUUUUUUAGGACUUGCUCAUUCCCAGCAGACUGCUGAGAAUGCCUUGUACUGACUUUUUUGGACCUUGUGCAAUUGUUUUUCUUGGACUGCCAAAUAAACAUGCAAAUUAAAAAAAAAUACAGCGAGA